GCAUUCUUUUAGAGUGAAUACCUAUAGCAUGUGUACAAAAAUAUUCUAUGGAAUACAAUAAUAAUUGUUUAUAAAUGACAUGCAUUUCCAUUCAUAACGUAUAUUUUGAUAAUAUUCUAUUAAAGAUUUUAGUUUCGUUAAAGAUGAACCAGACCACUGUCGGAUCAGUUUUAUUAUCAUCAUCCAGUAUUUCGCCAUGUUCUGCAAAUGAAAUUGCUAUAAGUCCAGGUGACUGUGUCGAAAGUGGUGUUGAAGAAUGGCUUGAAGAUGAAACUUUAGCAGGAUUUCGCGUUUGGCAAUUGGCAGGAAUAAUUUUAUCUAUUUUACUUAGCAUAAUAAUUGGAUUAUGCUGUUGUAUUCGAUUCAGGAUACCAAGAACAAAACAAGAGAUAGAAGCAGAUUAUAUUCGAAAGAAAAUAACAAAAAAUUUUAGAAAGGAAUUAUCGAAAAUAAAUAAUUCAGAUAUGGAUGAGAUGAAUUUACAAAAAGCAUUAGAAAAAAUACGUAAUGAAUUUGAUGCACAAGCAUAUCAAUUGCAAAAAGAACAUGAAAAAAUUGCAAAUAACAGACCUCAACAAAUUGCACAAAAACGGAUUAAUACUAUAUUUACUGGUAUGCGUGACCAUCUUAAUAAAUGAAAGUGCAUUGAUAGUGAUAACAUAAUUUAAAAUUUCUAAUAUAAGUGACAUUAUAAUGUAUAUUUUACGAUACCUUUUUCGAUUAUUUGUUUAUUUUACUGAAGAAAAAUAAGCUUAUUUUUAUGAAAAAAAUAUCAAUUGUAAUAUAAAAUAAAUACUCAGAAAGUGCAAUAUAUUAUUUCAGAGUGAACAAGCUAACUCCAAUAAAAAUAAGUUGACUAAAUAUAAGCUUUAUUUUAUAGAUAUAGUACAGAAAUUAUAUUACCUCGCAUGCAACAGUAAUUUGUAGUCACGAAUUAUGUAGUUCAGACCACUCAAUGAUACUAUGAUGUAUAUUAUCUACAAUAAUAUGUGUAUAUAUUUAACAUUAUUAUAUUAUUAAUUGGCUGCUUUCAUUACAAAAGUAAAUCUAUUUAAAUUUUUUAAAGUAAAAUCAAUUUAUAUGCGCUAUAUAUAUAGCCAUAAAUAAAUUUUAUUUAAAAGGCGAAGUGAUCACAGUAAGUAUUAUAAGUCAUAUAUAUAUUUCCAUUAUGAUUGUUAAUACAUUUAUUUUGUCCAAUUCUGCAAGUAAUGUUCAAAUGUAUUUAUAAUCUCUAUUUCACUAUCUCAUAACUAAUUAAAUAUUUUUCGUGCAUUGAGAGAAAGAUUUGAAAAAAGAUUAGAAUUUUAUACAGGAUAAUUUUACAGGGAUAUCUAAAAAUUCAGAAGCAUAUAUUAUGCAUCACAAUUGAAAGAAAAGUUCUAGAUUUAUAAUAACUGCGGGAAUACAUAGAACAUGUAUGUUCUAAUAGAUUUAGAAAUUAGUAAAUAGUAAUUAAUUAUACGAUAUAUUCAUUUUGAACUCUGACUUUUCAUUAGGACUUUUGUCUUAGUUUUGAUGUGUAAAAUAUACCAAUAAAUUUGUUAACAUUCCUUUAUAAUUAUUCUAUAUAAUU